CACUAGAGAUUGCUAUCCGACUCAUUCAUCUACUAUGACUGAAAACAGCAAGCAGCCGCACAUAGCCAUUAAACAUGAUACCCCAUCCACCACUGAUGUAAGAAGAGUGUUAGUAAAUAGCACAGGCAUUUGAUGACCUGGCGUAGCUGGAUACAGCCGGCUCUUUUUGGCAUAUGACUGUAUUUAUGAGGCAAUUCUUUCUUCACUACGCACUGCAUAUAUUAAGAAACAGAAGAAAAUUCCAGAAGUGCUGGCAGCUCCUUGAGAAAGCAUAUAAAAGCCUCCAAACUCAGUACUAACAAGCAUUGGAUCUUCACAGAGACAAGACUGGAAGAGGUGUUUGAGAAGCAGCAGGAAGGGAUGAUGCAGUCUUUGACCUGCGAGAUGCACUUGGGUACUGGCAGCGGUAUGUGUUUCCUUGACAAGCCCAGAAUACGUACUCUUUGGCCUCUCAGCUGCCGCAAAAUGAAAUUCGAUGAAUUUGAGGAAGACUUUAUGAGACGACGAACAAAUGCCAUGAACAAGGUGCAAGACUUUGUGAGUCAAUUUCACGAAGACUUCCCCGACGAUCUUAUGAAGACCAUCAAGCACGGUCCAGUUCUGAGUCAAGUGGCAGAACCUUCGACGGUCGGUGUCAUGAAGAUCAGGGAACUGGACGAGAAGGACAAGUUUGAAAUGGCCUUGGACGUCCAGGAUUUCUCCCUCGAAGACCUGACAGUGAAACUGGUGGGGAGGAAGCUGGUUAUCACAGGAGUAAAGCAGGAACGGAAAGCAUCCAAGGAGUUCACAAGAGAAGUCGACUUGCCCCGACACACUAACCUUCCAGAGCUCACCUGCUCUCUCACCAGUGAUGGCCUGCUAAAGAUCGAGGCUCCUCCUCUACAGCAACCCAAAGCAGCUGAAAGAACCGUUCCUAUCAGGUUCCGAACAUCACUGCAUGUGCCAGUUUCAAACGGCCAGAAGACAGGACAGAACAGCACAGAGAAAGCAGCCUAAAAAAAAAGGAUGACUAGGUCGAAUUAACCCUUCACUGCCCAUUGACAUUAAAAAAAUAGGCAUUAAACAGGUAUGGGAACAUACCCAGGUCAAUAAAAGGUUAAGAGCUAGUUGUAAUGAAAUGAUCACGCUUUAAAUUUUCUUUUAAAUUGAUCAUAUGUUUUUGGCAGAUUGAUUUAAUAGGAUUUCAGAUUUUUUUCUUACUGUUUAAUAAUUUUAUUAUUGUAAAGCUUUUGUUCAUUUGAUAAGAUUUGUGACCAUUGAAUUAUAGUAAAUCAGCAAAUUAGUUUUGCUUAAAUGUCAAGGGGAAAGGGGUAUUUGGGGGAAAAAUAAGUAAUAAACUAUAAAAUCGAAAAUAUCUGGUUUUGUUUAGGCAGCAAACAAUUUGUUGUUGGUAACGUGAAUAGUACAGUACAUUAUGUGCAUAAUAAUAACGGCUAUUGAUUUGCAAAUUACCUUUAAUAAAACUGUACUGUUAACAUGUGUUUGUGUGCAAGUACAACUGUAAUUAGAAACAAAGCAAAUGCUGAAAACAUCAUCUCUCUCUCUCUCAUCAGAAGUCCACUGGUAGCAGUCGUUUUAGUGUGGGGGUGUUUAACUUGGACAUGCCUGUCAGCUUUACAUAGCGGGUUAUGCGUCAUGUGUUUGAAACUAUGCAAUGUCGUCCCAGAUUGGGGAAAGAAAAGAAUAAAUCUCCUUAUGUUUGCUUGUU